AUCCAUUCCGACCAACUCCGAUCCAAUGACGAACACUUCCGAUUUUAGAUCUCAUUUUUGACAAGUUGUCACAUACACAUCAGAACUUUCCUGAAUGUUAUGUUUGCCAAAAACUCAUCUUAUAUCCAUCUGACCACUUUUCUCAUCAUGUUGCUCGUCAGUGUGCUGUUUUUGUCUGUAGUUGGACCUUUGUGCGCUUCCUUGAAACGAUCGAGUGAUCAACUGUCCGAAAGAAUUCCUACACCUGAUGCUGUUUCAAACACGUUAUGGCCUCUUCCAGCUUCGGUGAUAAGCUCCGGACCGCCUCUUGUAAUUUCUCCAGCUUUCGUUAUUCAGACAUCGUCAAGCUCGGGUGUCGUGAAACGCGGAAUAACACGAUAUUUGGAAAUAAUAUUGCGGCAAAUUGGAGGAAAUCAUAUGCAGAAUCCGAGUGGAAAAAGUGAAAAGUUGAGUGAACUCGUGUUGAAUGUGCGUAGUGAUGAAGAGGUUUUGCGCGUUGACACCUCCUACUGGUAUAUGUUGAACAUCAGCAAUGGCCAGGCAAACAUAGAAGCCAAAACGCCUUAUGGAGCAUUGUAUGGGUUGGAAACAUUCACCCAGCUGAUUGAAAAUGGAAAUAUAAUAAAUAGUGAUGUGACGAUUGAUGAUGAACCCAGAUAUGUACACAGAGGCCUCAUGCUAGAUGCUGGGCGCAGAUAUUUUCCCCUGGAACUUCUGUAUAAUAUUCUGGAUGGCAUGAGCUCUGUCAAGUUAAAUGUUUUGCACUUCCAUUUUGCAGACUUUUGUCGAUUCAGUGUUGAAAGCAAGCUCUAUCCAGAUUUAAGAAACAACGAGAGUCAGUUUUACUCCCAAGAACAAGUAAAAUCACUGGUAUCUUAUGCUGCUGACAGAGGAAUAAGAGUAAUUCCAGAAGUGGAAUCAGCAUUCCAUGUCCUUGGAAUGAUAGGCCUACAGAACAAGACUAAAGGGUUAUAUUUCUGCAAUCUCCCUUUGCUAUAUGAUUUAUAUAAGCACCAUCUUCAUCUUGUCUAGGGAGUUACAGUGAACACAAUGAAAGGCAUUCUUGAAGAAAUGAUGACACUAUUUCCUGAUCAGUACUUUCACCUUGGUUUGGAUGAAGUUAUAACUACAUCUGUGUGUACUAUGGAAAAAACCAAGGAGUUAGAGCAGGAUUUGCUCAAAUUUCUUCAACAGAAAGGCAAGACACCAUAUGCUUGGCAGGAAGCACUAUUAUCAACAGCUGCUGCAGUAAAUGGAACAGUGUUACAAGCUUGGAAAGAUGUAUCAUUGAAAACUCUUGUAGAUAAAGGAUUUCAAGUGGUAAAUGCAUUGAUGAAUCACUUUUACCUGAAUUAUAUUUCUAAUGCGAGUGUGUCAUGGACUGACAUUGCAACAGGAUUAAACCCUGAUGAACAGACAAUGCUCCUUGGUGGUGAAAUGGCAAUGUGGACAGAUGAUUACUGCUUUGUGUCCGAGUGUUUUUUGUACAAAAGGGCUAAACCUGUUGCUUGGUGGAUGUAUGGGCCAGAUGCUGAUUCCCAGUUUACUGAAUCAGUCAGUGGCAUUAUUUGGCCCAGAGCCAUUGUUGGUGCUGGCUCUUUUUGGAAUUAUCAGGCAGACUUGAAACCUGACAGCCCAGAGUUUCAGAUGAGAGUGGAUAGUCAACACAAGAGAAUGAUUGAACGUGGAAUUCUUACAUGUCCUUUGGGAUGCAAGUGUGACUAUCUUAGCAGGUGUGGACAAUCCUAUCCACACCCUUAAUCUUUUAGUAUUGAAAUAUUGAUCGCAAUUUACUGUAGAAUGUGUUUAAAGCCUGGCACACACCUGGUGAUUUUAUUCACCAAUGAAAGCGAUGGUUGAU